AUGGCUUCCCUCCUUAAUCAACUUCGUGGCUUGAGUACGGUCGACUGUGACACUCUCGACGUCCAUGUCGCGCGCAUAUACGGCCCUUUUGCGGACUGUACAUCGAAUCAGGCCAUUGUUCUUUCUGAAAUUACCAAAACCGACGCCAACGGAAAGCUCAUCUACCAAAGUCUGAUCGACGAGAUCAUCCCCAUUGCCCACUGGAUGUUUGGAAAGCAGACCGAUGCCACAGUAGAAGAGUUAGCCGCCGAGCUGCUGGCCGUUGGCCUUGCCCUGCGCUUCACUCCUCACCUGAACGGCUUCAUCCACAUCCAGACCAACCCGAGAUGGUGUUAUUCCAUCGAGAAGACGGUCAAGAACGCUGAGAGAAUCAUCGCCCACGUCAAACACCUCUCCCCCGACUUCGACACCUCGCGCGUGUGCAUCAAGAUCCCCGCCACCUGGGAGGGUCUCCAAGCCUGCCGCCUGCUCGAAAACCUGCAUUCCAUCGCCACCCUAGCCACCAUCGUCUUCAGCAUGGAACAAAUCGCUCUCGCCGUCGAUGCCGGCUGCCGCCACGUGGCGCCCUACGUCAACGAGCUGCGCGUGCACUUCGACACCACCUACACAGAUGCCAACAAAGACCGGGCGGCCCUCUUUUGCGGCGCUGCCCAGCGGUACUGCGAUGAAGUCGCCUCUUCCACCUCUGCCGCCAAAUCCGCUCAUGGUAGCUUGAACCUGCAGACGCAGACGCAAGUCAUGGCUGCUUCGCUUACCAGCGUCGACGAGGUGAUGAGGCUGGCUGGGGCGGUGAAGCAUAUCACUGUGAGCCCGCCACUGUUGACAGAGCUGGAGGCGACACCGGCGGCGGGAUGGCCGGGCGCGGGCACGGUGGGCGCCGCGGCGGCGAUUACGGGCCCAAAUGGUGAUAUUCUGAGGCUAAAAGAGUUGAUUAGGGAUGAGAGUCAGUGGAGAUUGGCGUUCACGAGGGCCGAGGCGGGCGAGAGCGAGAGGAAGUUGGGCCAGGCCAUUCGGAUUUUCUGUGAUAUGCAGGAUCAGAUUGAGAGGUUGGUGAGGAAGUGGGAUUUGGCGGCGAAGAAGGCUGUGAGCUAUUGA